CACUUCACUGACUGAGAGCUGUUGCGCGUCUGACAACACUGAACAGAUCCAGCAAGAGCAUCGGAGCUCAGAAUAGAGGAGAGGAGAGGAGGAUAGACACGCAGUGAGAGAGAGAGAGGGGAUUCCUGUUGGGAUUUUACUAAACGGGGGUUUGGAUCAUUGGUCUGGAGGGGGUCCACGGAGAACCAUGGCUACGGAAACCACGUCCUGCACGGGCUCUACUGUACUGCAGCCCAUCAGUGAGAUGAUCGACCUCCCCCUAGACCAGGUGAACUUCGUGGUGUGCCAGCUCUUCGCCCUCUUCACAGCCUGCUGGUUCCGACUCUAUCUGCACCCCAGCAAAACCAGUCCCUUUAUCCGCCAUGUGGUGGCCACACUCUUGGGCUUCUACUUGGCUCUCUUCUGCUUUGGCUGGUAUGCCUUACACUUUUUGGUCCAGAGUGGACUCACAUACGGCAUCAUGAUCUUCACUGGGCUGGAGCAUAUGCACAGAUACUCUUUUGUGGUUGCCCUUGGAUACCUCAUGCUCUGCCAGAUCACCAGGGUCUAUGUAUUCGACUAUGGCAUGUACUCAGCAGACUUCACAGGACCUAUGAUGGUAAUCACGCAGAAGAUCACCAGCCUGGCGUUUGAGAUUCACGACGGUCUCACCAAGAAGGAGGAGCAUCUAAAGCCCAGUCAAAAGUAUCUCGCUGUAAGGAAGAUGCCCAGUUUACUGGAGUAUUUGAGUUACAACUGUAAUUUCUUGGGCAUCCUGGCGGGACCUACGUGUUCCUACAAUGACUACAUAGCCUUCAUCGAGGGUACGGGCUACCAGCACAAACACCUGGAAUCCAAUGGCAAGGAGAAUGGCAAAUGCAAGCAAAGCGAUCCGUCUCCCAAGAGAGAUGUAAUCCUGAAGAUGAGCACCUGCGCUCUGUGCCUGCUGGUCUACCUGACCUUCUAUAGGAUUUGUCCUGUGGAUCGCGUCAUCCAAGACCCUUAUUUCACCUCGCAGCCCUUCUACCUGCGGGUCCUCUACCUCUACCUGUCCAUGCUGAGCCUACGGCCCAAGUACUACUUUGUGUGGACGCUGGCUGAUGCCAUCAACAAUGCUGCCGGUUUUGGCUUCAACGGCUACAACAAAGACGGCACUCCAAAAUGGGACAUGAUUUCAAACUUGAGAAUACUGGACAUAGAGUUUGCAACAAGCUUCAAGUCGUUUCUUGAUAACUGGAACAUUCAGACAGCACUGUGGCUGAAAAGGGUGUGUUAUGAGCGUUGUCCGUACCAUCCGACAGCAGCCACAUUCCUGCUCUCUGCCAUGUGGCACGGAGUGUACCCAGGAUACUACCUCACCUUCGUCUCAGGCAUCGGCGUGACGCUAGCAGCCAGAGCAGUGAGACACAACGUGAGGCAGCACUUCCUGGGCUCCUCUACGCACAAGCUGAUCUACGACGUGAUCACGUGGGCCAGCACGCAGAUCGCUAUUUGCUACACAGUUGUGCCAUUCGUGGUGUUAGCUGUAGGACCUUCAUUGAGAUUCUACUGGUCGUGGUACUUCUGUCUCCAUCUGGCGUGCGUGAUACUCAUCCUGGCCCUCCCGGUGAAACGCAGAUCAUCGCGUGAGAAAGCUCAGGAGAAGCAGAGUCCAGCUCAGAACUCCAUCACAGACAGCAACUGCAACCAGAAGGAGAAAACCACAUGAGGUCCUGCAUCCCCCGUCCACCUCCCGCCCCUCAAACAACGCUGUGGAGAACUCCAAAACCAAGACUGAGAGAAACGAGCGUCAGCCAUUUUUCUCACUACAAACCCAACCAGGCAGGAUGUUACCACAGCAUAGACUACAGACAAAAUAACAGACAAACAAACAAACAAACAAACAAGUGUGGCGACCCUGCUGGAGCAGCGCCGGGGCUAAUUGCGCUUCGAUUCGGGGACAUUAAUUGGUCAAAGUGAUUUGCAAAUGGGAGGAAAGUGAUCGGGGAGUAAUGGAGCUUAAUGAAUACAAACAAAUCUGAAGUUGCCUUAAAAACCCUCAGCGGACUUUGGCUUGGGAGAUUUGUUGCUUGUGGAAGGAACAUUCGCUGCACUAAGGCCAGCUCUCACAAGUACUUAGAGGGUUUUUUUGCCAUCGUCCGUUCAACAAUGUACCCUUCGUGCGGCAGAGUUCUUCUUAAAAUAACAAUUGGGGGGGGGGGGGGGGGGAUUGAUAAAGGAGGAACAGGAGUACAUUGUUUAUGUAAUGCCAAUCUCUCAUAGGCCUUAGGUUCCUGUCUUUCACGUUAUCUUUUCCUUUUCGUCUGGCUAAUCGAUCCAUAUCUGCUGCUGUAUCAGGGGAGGGGGGGUCAGCUACAUUUAUUUUAAGCCAGGGUUUAAAGGACUGUCUGUCUUAUUUUUGUUUUUAAUUGUUAUCAAUCUAAUUCUGGUUUUGAUUAAGGGCUUUCCAUUUGUUUUUUUUAUUGUUGGUUUCCUUAGGGCUCAGUUCACGGUUUCAGUUCAGUUCACAAGCUUUCUAUAAGUAUUACAUUACAUUGCCGUCAGCCAGCAUCACAGGAAGCUCACUGGACCAUACGAUAUCAGAGUAUCUUAAAACAAGGCAUUUGCUAUGAAUAUGUAUGUUUUACAGUAUGAUACAUCAUGGUUGUGUUAGUGCUAUAUAUUAGAAUGCGUGUUACAUGUUUCCAUAGCUGUAAUUGGAAGGAGAAGACCCUUGUUGUACCUUUGUUUACUAAGACUACAGAUUGUCGCUGUCAUAAAAAAGCUUGUGUCUAUUUUUUAUAUAUAAUAUUUACUGCGCUUUUAAUGCAGUUUAAUAGAAAAAUAUUUAAGAUUCUGGGACUAUUUUUGUGAGGCUAUUCAUCGUGAAUUUUGUCUAAUUUAAUUAAAUAUUACAACCCCGAAUUAGAAACACUGGGACAGUAUAAAAAAAAGAAUUAAAUUAAUAAAUAAAAGAAGAAUAAAAAAACAGUGUUUCCAACAUUUACACCUACACUUCGACUUUCAUUGCAGACAGUAUACUACACAUAUGCCACUUAAAACUUUGCUAUAGCCCUAUGUGGAAGGGAUUAGUUUCUCUAGGGUAAUUUUCUGUUAUAGGGGGUUAUAGGGGGUGAUUUUAUUCCCGUCCGGGACGACCAUGUAUCUGUAUGUGUUUUCCCAAACGUCCUCUGAGAAAAUUAAAGGCAGAUUUACCCACUGUUUUUCGCUAAACUCCGGGGUCCUCCGGUAAUUUUAGUCCCCUUCAGACAGACAUCUCUGAGUUUCUUCUCCUUGCAUUUAAUAAAAUAGCUAUUUGUCCACUGGCCUUCCAGUGCUGGGGUCAUGGGUUCAAGUCCCUAUCUGAAGGGUGGUUUCCAUGUUAUCCCUGUAUUCCUCUGGGCUCUUCCUGGGACUCCGGUUUCCUCCUACAAUCCAAAAACACAGAGACCAUGUAAAUUGGAUAUUCCAUAUUGCCCCAAAAAAAUCCUCCUCAGUGUCCGAUGUAGUCAUCUAGGUGGACAGUGGUUUCCAGUUGAGAGUAUGCUUUGUGUGAUUUGCUGCUGCUUCUUAGUGGGUUGUGUUGAUUAGUAAUUGUGUGUAAAAUGUAAUAGUAAGUGUCCUUACAAUUACAUUCUACAAUUACAUUCCUUACAAGUAAGUACAUGGACAAAACUUAUUUAAAAAUCUUAUCAUACCGUCUGCAAUGAAAAAAAAAAGUCAAGUAAAUGUAAGUAAGAAACACUAAUAUUUUUUAUUUGCAUUUUCAAUACUGUUCUUUUUUCUGAUCAUAAAACAUAAUAAAUAAACUUAAGAGUGGACAGAAUUUAGGGUAUGAGGUUUUAAUAUGACAGCGACAUUAUCUGUUGUGUUUUUUGUUUUUUUUUAUGACUGUUGUUUUACACUUGCCGUGAUAUGACAUGACCACAUAGCUUACUACUAUUAAGCAAGCAUUAUUUUACGUAUGGAUUCAGUUCUUCAUGGGCCCUAAGGAAACCUCCAAAGAUUAUUUUACUCUUUAAUCAUAAUCUGUGCUUUAUUAAGUUUUAUUUUGUUUUUUACUGAAAAUUGCUUUUAACAAAGAGCAAAGGUCUUGCUCAUACAGUGUACAGCUCAAAUAUUUUGUACAUGUAUUUUGCAGCUGGAAAAUGAAUGUCUUCAAUAUGAGGUGAAGGAACAGCUAAAAUCAGUGCUAAGUUGUUUCUGGUGGGUGUUGUUUAUAAAAGGGAAUUUGAUAGGGUGAAUAACUGAGAGUGUGAGUGUGAGCAAGACCUUUUGCUGUGAAGCUUAAAUAACACUAAGUGUUUUUUUUUUUUU